AGGCCGCGGUGGGCUUUAUGUGGGGGUGCCUUGGGCCGUGUGGGCCGUUUCUGCCUCGCAGCUUCCGUGGGGCCCGUCCGGUCCCUACCGACACCGGUGUUCGCACUCCCGACUUCCUCUUCCGAAGACGCCACAAAAUGGCGGCGCUAGGGGGUGGAGCCACAGCGUGGGGUCCUGAGGUUCGGCCCGGGGCCCGGAGUCUGGGGCCGCCGGCUGACCGCGGGGGCUGCCUUUCUGCAGGCUUGUCCUAGGCCUGCGGGGCCAGGCUAUGGUGCAUGGAGUGCUGGACCUGCCAACACCCAGGGUAAGUGGGCUCUGCUUUGCAGGUGCAUAUGGAACUGGUGUGGCCAGCUGGCAAGGUUAUGAAAACUACAAUUACUACGGUGCUCAGAAUACCAGCGUCACCACAGGCGCAACCUACAGCUAUGGCCCAGCCUCAUGGGAGGCUGCCAAGGCCAGUGAUGGUGGCCUGGUGGCCGGGGGCCCUGCCAUGCACAUGGCCUCUUACGUCCCAGAGCCAUGCACCGACAAUUCCGACUCCCUCAUUGCCAAGAUCAACCAGCGUUUGGACAUGAUGUCCAAGGAAGGAGGCAGGGGCGGGAGCGGCGGCGGUGGGGAGGGCAUACAGGACCGGGAGAGCUCCUUCCGCUUUCAGCCGUUUGAGUCCUAUGACUCCAGGCCCUGUCUGCCAGAGCACGACCCCUACCGUCCCAGCUACAGCUACGACUAUGACUUCGACCUGGGGUCCAACCGCGAUGGCAGCUUUGCAGGGCAGUACGGUGAAUGCCGAGACCCAGCCCGGGAGCGGGGCUCCCUUGAUGGCUUCAUGCGGGGCCGGGGCCAGAGCCGCUUUCAGGACCGGAGCAACCCUGGCACCUUCAUGCGCAGCGACCCCUUCAUUCCUCCGACGGCGACCUCUGAGCCCCUGUCCACACCCUGGAACGAGCUGAACUAUGUGGGCGGACGGGGCCUAGGAGGGCCCUCCCCCAGCCGGCCGCCUCCAUCCCUCUUCUCCCAGUCCAUGGCUCCCGACUACGGCGUGAUGGGCAUGCAGGGGGUGGGUGGCUUUGACGGCACAAUACCCUACGGAUGUGGCCGCUCGCAGCCCCGGAUGCGGGAUCGGCCCAGGAGGAGAGGGUCUGACCGCUUCGGACCAGAUGGCAUGGGCAGGAAACGGAAGCAGUUCCAACUGUGUGAGGAGCCAGACACCAAACUGGCCCGGGUUGACAGUGAAGGAGAUUUCUCCGAAAAUGAUGAUGGAGCUGGUGACUUCCGCUCAGGAGAUGAAGAAUUCAAGGGCGAGGAUGAAUUCUGCGAGUCUGGGCGACAGAGAGGAGAGAAGGAAGACGAGGAUGAGGAAGUAAAGAAGAGAAGGGAAAAGCAAAGGAGGAGAGACAGGAUGCGGGACCGCGCAGCCGACAGGAUUCAGUUUGCCUGUUCUGUGUGCAAGUUCCGUAGCUUUGAAGACGAAGAGAUCCAGAAGCAUCUGCAAAGCAAAUUCCACAAAGAGACACUGCGGUUUAUAAGCACCAAGCUGCCCGACAAGACAGUGGAGUUCCUCCAGGAAUACAUCGUUAACAGAAAUAAGAAAAUUGAGAAGCGACGUCAGGAAUUGAUGGAGAAAGAGAGCCCAAAACCAAAACCAGAUCCUUUCAAAGGGAUUGGCCAGGAGCACUUCUUCAAGAGGAUCGAGGCUGCUCACUGCCUGGCCUGCGACAUGCUGAUCCCUGCGCAGCCGCAGCUGCUCCAGCGGCACCUGCACUCCGUGGACCACAAUCACAACCGCAGGUUGGCUGCUGAACAGUUCAAGAAAACCAGUCUCCAUGUGGCUAAGAGUGUUUUGAACAAUAGACACAUAGUGAAGAUGCUGGAAAAAUACCUCAAGGGUGAGGACCCUUUCACCAAUGAAACUGUUGAUCCAGAAAUGGAAGGAGAUGACAAUUUAGAAGGUGAGGAUAAGAAAGAGACACCUGAGGAGGUGGCCACGGACGUCUUAGCUGAGGUGAUCACGGCAGCAGUGAGGGCAGUCGACGGGGAAGGAGCGCCAGCUGAGGGCAAAGGCCCCGUGGACAUAGCAGAGGCCAGUAGUGAUCCUGAAGCUGAACAGCCCCUGGAAGAGCAGGUGUCCUACGGAAUAGCAUCUGAGAAGGGUAUCGUGGAGGCGGGAAGUGGUACCGAGACAAUGGCAGCAGAGGGAGAACGUGCCGAAACCAGAGCUGCUCCUGCCCCAGCUGCCACGGAUACCAGAGCAGAACAAACUGAUGCAGAGUCCAAAGAUGCUGUUGUCACAGAAUGAUGCUCAUUUCCCUGUCCCAGGGGAGGUGUUGUAUGAUCAACACGUUGCUCUUUCUCCCUUGGUUUGUAAGCAGUACAAGGGUGUGUGCUACCAGGAUACACUGUAAACUGAUUUUGGUGAAGAGAUCCAGCCAUUUCCUCCUGGGCAGAGCCCCUCGGCUUGUCUCAUGUAGUCAUGUGGCUUCUUGCCUGCAUUUGAGAGCUGCAGCAGUACCUUUUCCUUAGUGGCUGAAACGUUUCUCUUGACACUGCACUUGGAAUAAUAAAGGUUGAGUGAUUACA